GGCAUGAACCAGGCCUACUGUAAAAACAGCCAGCCGUCGAAAAAAAAAAAAAACUAAAGUUGGGAGUUUGUAAUGAGGGCGAGGCUUGUUUUGCUCGGUUCCUGCCCCUGAUUCAGCUCUCUGAUUCCCCGUAGCGAUCAGUCGGAGCGCUACAAUUGUCAGUUUCGUUAGUGUGUCGCUUUUUAACGUUUGUUUUCGGCUCCAUGUUGAAGUUUUUGGAGCUCAGACUGACAGCCGCAGCACACUGUGUCCACACAGAUACAGUCCGCACGCAGACACACGCGCACAGACCUCGCCUGAUCUGCACCAGCGCGGGUCAUUUCAGGUUAAACCCCGGCGCUGUGUCCCGUCCACUUCACCCGACGGAGAUCCACACUGGUUCCAGUUGAGGAGGAAUGCACAGGCACUGGGACUCCAUAUAAUAUUUGGAUACGAGCUUCGUCUUGCAUAUGCGGUGUUUCUCUCGGGGAGCUCAGCAGCUCCUCAGCGCUGCCUGGAGUCAGACUUCACUACUUCCUCUGCGAGGUAGGUACCCAGAUGUCUGAGGAGGCUCUGAGGAUGACUUCUUGGCCUUGAACCCCACCAGUAUGUCAGAGCCAGCAGAAAAUUGCUCCCCCCACUGGAAAGAUGAGGCCAUUCAAAAUGGGUACAUACCAAGUUACCUGGACAAGGAUGAGCUAUGUGUAGUGUGCGGGGACAAAGCUACAGGCUAUCACUAUCGCUGCAUUACCUGUGAGGGUUGCAAGGGUUUCUUCCGGCGGACAAUCCAGAAGAAUCUCAACCCAACCUAUGCAUGUAAGUACGAGGGGAAAUGCAUCAUCGACAAAGUGACCAGAAACCAGUGCCAGGAAUGUCGCUUCAAGAAGUGCAUUGCGGUGGGAAUGGCAACCGACUUGGUGUUGGACGACAGCAAGAGGCUGGCCAAGCGGAAGUUAAUCGAGGAGAACCGGGAGCGCCGUCGGAAGGAGGAACUGCAGAAGACGGCAUGGGACCGACUGGAGCCCACCCAAGAGGAGUGGGACCUCAUCCGUAUGGUUACUGAGGCCCAUAUGGCCACGAACGCCCAGGGCAACCACUGGAAGCAGAAGCGGAAAUUCCUGGUCGAGGAAGCUAUGCUUCUUAAUGAAAUAACAUGUAAUUUAUUCUAUACUUCUGACCAGAGUGCAGCGGGGGUGAAGGAAACUAAGCCUGAGGAUAUUGGUCAAGCGUCCAUGGUCAAUACGCCCGAUGGAAACAAAGUGGAUAUAGAAGCCUUCAGUCAGUUUACAAAAAUUAUCACCCCUGCCAUAACCCGAGUGGUGGACUUUGCCAAAAAACUGCCUAUGUUUUGUGAGCUGCCUUGUGAAGACCAGAUCAUCCUGUUGAAAGGCUGUUGCAUGGAGAUCAUGUCACUGCGAGCUGCUGUUCGCUAUGAUCCAGAGAGUGAGACCCUCACACUCAACGGGGAGAUGGCGGUUACGCGCGGUCAACUUAAAAAUGGAGGCCUGGGCGUAGUGUCAGAUGCCAUUUUUGACCUUGGCGUGUCACUGUCCUCCUUUAACUUGGAUGACUCUGAGGUGGCUCUUCUACAGGCUGUCAUCCUGCUUUCAUCCGAUCGUCCAGGCCUGAGUAGCAUUGAGCGAAUUGAACGCUGCCAAGAGGAGUUCCUGAUGGCCUUUGAACAUUACAUCAACUACCGCAAACACAAAGUGGCACAUUUCUGGCCCAAGCUGCUAAUGAAGGUGACGGACCUGCGGAUGAUUGGCGCCUGCCACGCCAGCCGAUUCCUUCACAUGAAAGUGGAGUGUCCCACUGAGCUAUUCCCUCCUCUCUUCCUGGAGGUCUUCGAGGACUGACCAAUGGAUUUUGUUUGUGUGUGUGUGUGUGUGUGUGUGCAUGUAUGUGUGUGUAUGUGUGCGUGUGUGCAUACGUCAGCACCUGGGCACCCUGGUGGUCUCAGGGGUGGAACCAGCAGAAGGCCCGUCACAAUGAACUUUCCAUUAGCACUACUGAGUGUCACUUCAUUCCAUAGUUUAGGAGUAGCUCUCUGGUCUAGUUUUGGAUGGAACCAUUCCUUACAGUGCGGGUACAUGUGAAUAGCAAUUUGUUCUCUUUUUUUUGGGUUUAUUUUGUUGUUGUUGUUGUUGUGGAUAUAACCUCUCACCUCGGAUUUUACUAUCGGUUAUUUUUUGUGUUGAUGAUUGUACAGUUGGCAUAAUGGUGAUCUUAUCGACACCUGCUCAUUCAUUAGAAACCAUGCAAAUGUAUUUUUCCUUCAUUUAUUUUGAAAAACUCAAAAUGGCUGCUCACCUUACUCAUAACAAGAAAAGACAUUAUUAGCGAUCCGUUAGCCUUUCCCCGACCUGCUCGACUUUAUUGGACCCAUUUGUUGGUUUAUAUAUUAACUGUCAUAUAGUCAGUCAUCCAUCUGGUGAGUCUCUGAGCUGUUCAGUGCCUCACCAUCAUACUGUGACCUGAGACAGCAACACGCACUCUAAUAGACGACAACUCACAAGCCUUUGUAAGUCUCUGGGUAGCCACACAUCACAACAUUUAGUCAUAAUGCUGCGUUCCAGAGAUGUCGUUAAAAACUGAAAUUUUGCAACUGAAGAGCAACUCGAGAGAAUUGCGAAUAAGAAACCUGAGCAAGAUUUUGCUAAAUGAACUUUUCAGAUUUUUUUUAGUUUGACAUCACAUCCACAUGGCAGCACACACUUAACAGUACACGACGAUACUGUUCAACCUGUUUUUAAUCCUCAUAACACACCUAGUUUCUACUUUCAGUAAAGUCUGAGCAUAAAUCUAACCUUUGUAGUAAGUGGUUAACAUGUUGCUAUGGUAACUUGCUUGCAAACAUUGCUAAAUAUCAUGGACAACAUUAGCUGUUGUGCUAUGGCAGCAUAUUAGGGCCAUUUCAGAAGAAAAGAAAUUACCCAUUUUAUCCACAAAAUGAGAAGCAGGGAUAUAUUGAAUAAAAAAAAACAAAUUUUUGGAAAUGUACGUUGUUAUAAGUCGCUUUGGACAAAAUGUAUCUGCCAAAUAAACACAAAGAAAAAAUCUGAAUCUGAAACCACACAAUCUGAAUCUGAAACCACAUUGCUUUGCCUUGUAUGUAGAGAACUUAACACCAAACUCCAUUCUAAAAUCUGGUUAUUUAAUCACAAAUACAUUGCUAUUCACUUUGACUCAAGAUGAUUUUAGAGGUCCUGCAACCCAUUAUGACUGUUUGGGCCUUUUUAUAUCAUGAAAACAUUAUUUAUAAUCAACUACUAUGAUUGGCAGAAGAAUUGUACAGUUUCUCUUCUUCCCUAGCCCUAAUAUGCUAUCAUAGCUGCAUCAUCUGUAUUGUGGGUGAAGAAAAUCUUACAAGUGUCCAUGUUUAUUGCCUUUAUUUUUACAAACUGGACCAUGAAAACACAAAACGGUUGUAAUUGCAACCUACCUGCUGGUGAUUCAGACUGCCGCUAGCGAAAGGAACGCAGCAGUAGCAUUAAAAUGAGCCUGUUCAUCAUUGCCAGAGACUGGUCAGGACUAACUAAAGCACAUAAUGACACUGAUGUCAGGAAAAGACAAUCAUAUAGUACUCGUUUUUUUUUUUUUGUUUUUUUUUUGUGUGUGUGUAACAAUGCCACAUGCUGUGCCAAAUCCAAGUGAAUGAUGCCCUCCUAAUUGAGUCCCUGCUGGGCUUUCAUAGCGAUAUCAAGACUUGACUGGUUAUGUUAGGUAGUGCAUGCCGCGAGUCAGCACUCUGACACAUGUUGUAUGUUAGCAGCUUCUACUCAACAACCAGUAUCAGUUUUUAAGUGUUUAAUCUCAGCCAUGUUGCCUCACUCAUACCACAUACAAUGAUUUCAACUGAUUUGUUUGUUUGUUUUUUUAACAACUCCCUGAAAAGAGGAGACUGUAUGUUAAAACAGUGACGUCUUGGUGCUAUGGUGGGUUGGGGAAAUAGCUGAUAGGACUGUAUUGUUAUUUACAUGCGGAAAUGAACAUUAUGUUUGUACAACAGCCCACCACCCUCUUAUGAUGGCAUGCAUAUACACUAACACACAAUCAUGCACAUAUACAGCACAUACAGUAUACCUGUACACAUACUGUACACAUGCACAUAUGAAUAUAUGCAUGUGCCUAGAUAACAUAUGGGUCAGACCCCACCACUGUGACCAACCAGUGGGAUUUGGAGGCCAAGUGAAGCUUGGCAGGCCCAACAACAGUAUAAUUCAUCAUCAGCAAGGUACACUGAGAAAGCUGGUGAGAUUGUGAAAACGUAGUGCUCUUUCCUUUCUCUUAUUUUAGCCGGUAUGUUCAUGUUUUUUUUUUGUUGUUGUUCUGAAAGCCUCUCUAUGGUAUUGUUGUUUGCAAUGUGACAAACAUUUGCUUUGUAUAUCUCGCUUUUUCAAGCUUCACACUACUCCUCAAAGCAGCUUGUGAUUUUUUUUUUUUCUCUUUUCUGUGAAGUGAUGCCUUUUAUCAAAGCAAUAGACUUGCUGCAGUGUUUGAAUGACCCGGACCUCACACACACACCUCGCAAAUUGUACAGACUCAAAUAAAUGCACAGACAAUCA